AUGACCGCUUCUAUCUACAUUAGCCUGCGUUUCCGUCUCAGCCUGUUUGUGUUCACUCGAUGCAAUUGGCCGCCUCCACCCGACAACAACACCCACUUUGUUCAGGUGACAUUCCGAUUUGACGACUUCACUCAUCUGCCGCUCGAGGCAUCGGCCAGGACAAGCAAGAUCUCUGCGAGUCGUUGGCCCAAAGUCAGCUGUCUCGCCUUAUCCCACUCCUUUGAGUCCCAUCUCUACCUCGCGGGCUUGUUUCGUAAUCCCCACUUUCAUUUCGCCCAGAAAAACAGUCACAGGCAAACAGGUAAGCACGUCUCUGCACAUGGGCGGGCAGACGGAGAAGUUGGCGAGCAACAUCUUAGCGCCGUCCUAGCAACCAAGACCGCUUGCUCUCGUUUUGCCCACUUUUUCUGUAUCACUUCUUUCUUCUCUCGGCGUCUAGGUGCACAAAACAGUGUCAAAUUUACCGAACGUGCGACAAUAGUCGGUGAGUAUGAGAGCCUGAAGAGGAAAGUAUACCAGCUAGCCGAAAAAGUGAAAGAGAAAGAUGGGCAGACGCUACUGCCUAGAGAGCGAUGCUUGCACAUCUGUGUAUGCUUGCCACGGAGUUGGCAGUUUGGGAUAGGCGCUUUCGGAUCUUGCAUAAUUGAGUCUGCCUGUAAAGCUAAUCGGCUUAAGUGGGAGUGGCUGGUCGAGAAAACUGUUGGCCUCCAAAGGAGAGCAUUGAUCAAAGAGGAGAAGGAGAGAGAGAGAGGUCAGAAAACAGUGUUCGUUUCGUCAAAAGUAGAGGUCGGAGUGGGGAUUGUAAUUGAGAAAUUCUGGACAGAUUGGAAAAACAUAUCAUUGUCGACUUGGUAA